AUGGAAAAGCUUGGCACAGUUUUUAUUCUUUGCUUGUUGGUCGUAGUCAUGUCUAUGGGCCAUGCCAAUUCCCAAGAGUCCAACGCUGAAAAAAUUUGGUUCAAAAACAUCUGCCGGGGAAAGGAAAAUCUAAUCAAGCUCCAUUUCUAUGUCCAAGACGCACUCGGCGGCCCAAAUGCAACUGUUUGGCAGGUGGCUGAAGCUGCAGUCACUGCAAAUUCUCUCACUUCUUUCGGGCAGGUCAGAGUCUUGGAUGACCUAAUAACAGUUGGUCGUAACCGCAGUUCAGAGGCAUUGGGAAGAGCCCAAGGGCUCAUUACUUCUGCAGAUCUUUCAGAAUCAGCCCUGGCUAUGAACAUGAAUUUUUAUUUCUCCGCCGGUAAGUAUAAUGGCAGUACACUUUGCAUUUUGGGAAGAAAUCCAAUUAAUGAAAAUGACAGGGAAUUGUCAGUUGUUGGUGGCACCGGUGAUUUUCGAAUGGCCCGUGGAUAUGCCAUUUCGAAUACUUACUCUUAUGAUCCCGUGGCUAAUUAUGAUGUGUUGGAAUAUACGGUUUAUGUUACUGUUUAUGAGAAAUCUGGUUAUACUGGUGUUGCUAUGAUUUGA